UAUUUAUCGACGUUGAUCAAGUUCCUCGACGUGUUUCACUUCACCUUAAUGACUCUUAAUAAUGAAUGAGAAUUUAAUGACUAAUAAUGGUUUAUGAGCUAGUAAGGCCAAUCUCGCGUUUUAUCCCGAAGGUAUAGAGGAACUUAAGGUCACUAGGAUGAAUAUCCAGGCGCAAAUCGACGCCGAGGAGGAAGAAAAGAACAGCCUGCAGAAGGAGGCCGAGAGAAUGUCCCGCAAAAUCGAGCAACUUAAGGAAAGCCUAGCCAGAAAAGGAACGGCGAGGAUCGAGUACGACCGCAUCAUCCAAGAGACUGAGUCUGCAUACACCAAGAUCCUGGAAAGCUCUCAGCUUUUACUCAACAUGGUAAAAAGAGAAGCGAUAUGUCUAGACGGCACUUUGCAUGGAGGAGAGCGCAACGAGAGGAUAUAAAAUGCAAAUCAAAAUUAUAUCCUAAAGACGAAGAUGAAUCUCGCUGUCAGAUACGCUAAUACAUGUAUGUUAAUAUAUAUACAACCUCGGCAGUUGUGUCCAAUGUAAAACAGUGGAUAGAUAAACAUUUGUACAUCUGACUGACUUAAUAGACUUAAAGGUAAGGUUUUAGAAAUAAAGGGUCUUGAAAAUAUUUCACUUUUCACAAAAAUAUAUAUAUCAAAAAAGAAGGAAAUUUUUUUUAUCCUUAGAAUGUGGCGUCGUCCGCCUCUGAUAUGUAUAUAUAUAUAUAUAUACAUUGAUCUCCACAGAACACAAAAUUAAAUAAUGACUCCCUAGUACCAUUUAUUGUAAAUGUAACGUUAUCAAAUGCAUCGUGUACUUCCCACUCAGAUAAAUUCCCUGUGUACAGUAUAUAAUCCUUUAAAUUUUGAACAAUUAAGCUUAAAUAAUAAAUUUUUUUAUCCUGCAUACGGCAACAAUAAACAAUAAAAGGCUCCUAUAAGAACACAGGCUAAAAUUGCAGCUAUGU